GGGACGUUAUACCGUGGGAGCAACACCAGUCAGUGUCCUGUUAUCCCUCGGACACACCACACCAGCUGGAGCAGGAGAGGGAUUCAGAGACAGAGACUCUUUGGACUGUAGGAGGACAGAGCUUCGACCACGAUGAACUUUGCUGCCCAGUUAUUCUACUCGAGCUACUUGAGUGAGCGACUUGAGCGUUUGUACUCACCUAGGCUUGCACUAAAAGACAGCGAGGAGAAUGACCCCUUCUGGCAGAGGUGGGAAAUUACAACAUGUAGCCUCCUGGAUCCCCCAGACCUUCCCCCUACCCAGAUCAAUCCCGUAGUGACAGAUUUAAUCUCUUCCCGGAGUUCGGAGGUAGGUUCGUCUUCCACAGUAUCACAGCCUCUGUCUUCAGUUACCUUGAUUCCUCCUCCACAUCCUCCUCCCCUAACAAAGACACCCUCAAACCUUCAGUCUCUUCCUCUGACACCUCCUCCUCACCUUAAUCAUGAAAGUAAAUCAACAAAGCCAACCACUGGUCCUCCAAAUCCAUGUUUGGCUGCUGUGGUCCCCAAAUCUAGGGUUCACAAACUUCCUCCUGACAAUCGUCCUUCUCCUCAGAUGGUUUUUCCCCAAACCUCUCUUGCUCCGUCUUUGUCCUCAGCAGGAAUGGCCUCCUCCUCUUCCAUCCCCCCAUCUUCGUCCUCCUUUUCCUUGGCUCCAACCUCUUGUAGAGGAGAGCGACUCCCUACUUUCCAAGCCCUGGUAGACUUGCUCCUUCACUUGGUCCUCUACCUUGUUCUCCUAAUUGUGACAGACCCAGAGAAACCAAAAGUUACCACUGGAUUGAAGAGAGAGGAGUUGCAUCUGGGCCCCAGUCAACCUGGAGCCUCUUACAAAUGCUGCCCCAUCAGUAAUGGCACUGUGGGCCGCAGACCCACCCUCAUUGAACCAGAGCGGCUGAAGGACUUUGGUGAGGAGGAACUUCUCAAUGGAGAUGUGAAGGUCUAUGACACCAAGGUGGUGGGGGGUCCAGAGAUCAUGCUCAUGGACCCCCCCAAAACGAGAAGGGUCAGCGAGUUCAGGAUUGUCCCCAGACCUCCUGCCCAGUACCUCCGCUUUGAAGACAUCAGCGCAGCAGCCUUCAGGAUCCAGUCAGGGAUACAGAAGACACCCUGCACGUAUUCCAGACUGUCCAAACAGUACGGGAUGGAGAUCUACCUGAAGAAGGAGCACCUGCACUACACAGGCUCUGUGAAGGAGAGGGGAGUCCUCUACCUGCUCACCUCCCUCACACAGGAGCAGCAGAGGAAGGGUGUGAUUGUGGCCACUGACUGUAACUUCUCCAUGGCUGUGGCUCACCACGCAGUGGAGCUGAAGAUCCCGAUGUUCGUCAUCAUGCCGUCGUGCGUCUCCUCACCUCGCCUCAGGAUCUACAGAGACUAUGGCGCCAUGGUCAUCUCCUACGGCAGCACCGGCCACGACUCCCAGAACCACGCCCGCCAUCUUGCCAAAGAGAAUGGAUACCUCUAUGUGGAAGAAGAUGAAAGCGCAGCGUACCUGGCCGGACUGGGCACUGUGGGCAUGGAAAUCUAUGAACAAGUGCCCAAACUGGAUGCAGUGGUUGUUCCUGCAGCUGGACAGUAUGGUCUACUGGCUGGCACCGCCGCAGCCAUCAAACACCUCAACUCACAGACUCUUGUCAUAGGAGUUGAACCAGAAGGUUUCCCUCUGCUGUUACAAUCUCUGAAAACAGACAGUCCAGUCAAAGACAUGCACAGCAACCCCAAUAAGAAACUCUACGGAGAUCUUAUGGAGCGUUCGCUUGGUGUCAACACCUUCCAACUGUCAAAGAAACUAGUAGAUAAAGUCAUCACUGUCAGUGAGGAGGACUCUCUGGUGGCGAUGCUGCGGUUUCAGGAGUUUGAACGCUCCACUGUGGAUACAGAGGGAGCCAUGGGACUAGCUGCCAUCCUGGCCGGACAACUGCCAGAACUGAGAGGCAAAAGGGUCGCUGUAGUGGUGAGCAGUGCUAAUAUGGAGCUGGAGCUGGUGAGGCAGUGUGUUGACCGAGCCCUGGUGCUGGACGACCGGGUCAGUAAGUUCUCUGUGCAGCUGGGAGAAUGGCCGGGAGACAUGGCCAAGCUGCUGGACGUCCUGUCCAGAGAGGACGUCAGGUUGUUGGACGUCUGCCAUCGGAGACACGGUGACAAGUCAGACCUCUUCAAGGCAAAGGUGGAGUGUGUGGUGGAAACCAGGGAUAAGUCACAGAGCGCUCAGCUGCGCAAGACGCUGAGUGACCGCUACCCUUCUAUAUUCUGGCUGGACCGGUGAUCCCACCAUCAUCAUAAACACAAACUAUAUUUACGAUAGGAAAAAAAAAAAAAAGCAAAUGACCAUA